AUGAUCUUGCAGAUGAGCCUUCUGAGCGUGAAUCGGAGCUUCAUCGUGUCGAUCAAGAACUUCGUUGUCGUGCUGAUGGGCGUGUUGCUUUUGCUGCUGGCCCCGAAUCUUAUCCUCAGGGCGAGCUACCGCCUCAAGAAGUUGCGCACGAGCCUCUUGCAUGUUCAGGUGAGCCUCGUUGUGAUGAUAAGCAAGUGCGUUGUGAAUUUGCUUGUUGUGCCCAACGUCCUACUGAGGAUGUGCCUUCUGAUGGCCAUGCCGGGCCAAGUGGUUCCACCAGUGCCGCAUUGUGGUCUGCCCGCCGUGCGAUUGCGGCUACCUGGCUCUUUGGACCUGCCGCUGCGACUCUCCUGCUGCCGGUCUCUAUCUUGCGCCUCGUGA